AUGGACCGUUACCCGAAACGCCCCCAGAAAAAGCCCUCUGCCGUCGCUCCGGCGCCGCAGGGGCAAGCCACUCCUCUUGAGGGUUCCGCUGACUUCGUCGCUAUGCGUGGUUCCUCCAUUCCCGGUUCCGGCGACCUGGUUGAGAUGAGGCGCUUCCCGCGUAAUCGCAGCUACGGUAAGUCUAGCUUCGUUGAAGGACGUGACCGUGCGUCGUUUUAUAGAGGUCCUCGAAUGGGUAAGUGUGCUUCCGAGGAUUACCACGGUCCUCGUGCUCGGGACUUCGAGCACCGCAUGAGGUACGGCGACAUGACGUCUCGUUCGGGUGAAGUGGUGGAAGGCAACAUUUUUGUUGAGAGAGGCGACGUCCAAACUGUGGUUGACCCCGACGGUGAUGUUAGGUCUUCCGGCGAGCCCGUGGUGAGAUCCGCUCGUGAUUCGCAUGCGAAUGCGCAUCGGGAGCGCAGCAACAGGAACUACAAUCGUGCAGGCGGUUAUCAACACCGGCGCCCUAAUUACGAGGGCGGUGAGGUGUCCUUCGCGAGCGGUCGAAGGUCGGCAGACAGGAUGGUCGCCCCCCCCGAGGUAGACACACAGACCAAACUGCCGUCGCCCGUGAGUGGAGACGUCCAGCAGGUGUUGAAUAGUGAAUCGAUAGAGGCAGCUAUCCGUGAGGAAGUUUCGCAAGAGUUUCUGCGUGACGGCGAAGGUAGCGGCCGCAUGAUCAUGAAUGAGCCGCGUGCGCCUCGCUCCGGCGCUUUCGGGCGCCUUAUGAAGCCGUCAAAAGGCAACCAGCAGCGCGGGUACCGGAUGCCCCAUCACAUGUUGGACCGCUCUCCAAUGCGCAACAAGGUCGCCGCUCCCUUCAAUAGGCGUCCGUAUCGUUAUGACCCGAUGAUGCCUGAGAUGCGCGCGAACAAGUCUCCGCGUUCGCCACGUUACGGCAUGAUGCAUCGUGUGGACUCGGGUAUGAAGGGCGAUUCGCGGUAUGGUACCCCUUCCAACGGCCUCAUGGAGCGUCCGUCCCACGUGCACCCGAAGUCGCCUUAUGUGUCGAAGUUUUCUCCGAGUCGCCACCCGGGUCCGGCGCCGUACGGCAUGCCCGUGAACGGCGAGAUGCGUCCUGGCAGUGGUGAAAUGUAUGGCGUGCCGAUGGAAGACAAUGUGGGCCGCGUUGCGGCUCCGGGCCACAUGCCAAUGAACGGCGGUGUUGCGCGUCCGGUGUAUCGCGGCGGCGUGCCGGUGGGUGGUGUGUCUGGAGUGCCCGGGUUACCUGUGCCUGGCAUGGUUCAGGGUAUGUCGUCCAUUCCAGUGGGUCAGUAUGUUCCCCCGCGUUGGGUAGGUGCGCCUGCUCCCCAGGGGCCGCCGUUCGGCCCGCCCGUCACCCCUAGCGUGGAUGCAUCAGUCCAGAACCCGGUGUUCGUGCCUCCGGCGGUGGCACCUCCUCGCGUGAUGCCGGUGCAUAUGCGGAAGAGUUCGGCAUUCCAGAUUCGUAACCCCACCACUGGUGAGGUUGUGAACUCCGACGCGAAGGCCCCCAAGGUUGUUAAGCCUAAGCUGGAGACGAUCACCCCUCCGUCUGGGGGUAUGGUGGUACAUCCAGUUGGCGAGCCUGUGACCCCGCUGAACCCUAUGAACGGUGGAGGAGCGCCUCCAGGUGAGUUGGCUCAAGGUCCGCCAGUGGGCGUUCCAAUGUUGAUGCCACAGCUUAGCAUUCCACAACAGUCUUCUCCGGUUAUGCCUAUGGGCCAGGUUCCGCAGCCGUGCUCUACUGUUUACCCGGUUAUGUACCCGCCGAGCGCUACCCCCGGUUACGUGCCGAUAACUCCAGUGAUGUACACGCCUCCUCCUCACACUCCGAUGACGUCUGGGCGCAUGGAAGAGGAUGAGCUUGGUUUGGAAGACAACCACGAUCCGCGUCAUUUCCCGGUGGCUUCAACUCCAUCUCAGGUGAUGAACUAUGCCAAGUUCGUUUCGACUCCGCGCACUAACUCGCAAGGCUCUAUCGGUGGUACGGUCCCGGUUACUGUGAACGCACCCACUCCGAGCAUUGACACUGAGUUGCGUACGGCUAAGAACCGCGUUUCUAACAAGGCUGUUGAGCUGGACGACAAGCUGUUUGGGCUUUCUGACCGCCACCCCCUGUGCGACAACACCAUCCGUGUGGCAGUUCGUGAUCGCAUCUCUAAUCGCAGAGUGGACAAUUCAGCGUACGCCGAACCGGAGCGUGACUAUGCCGUUGACUCUGGUUACAUGUCUGACGACGAGUCGGUGGAUUCCCAUAUGGAGCGCGGCGGCGCAAAGGCUGAUUCUUCGAGGCGCGUCUCUCGUGGCGAUGCUCACGUUGGUCGUGCUAGUGGUCAGCCCGGCUCAUCAAGUGGGUCCGAGGUAUCAGGUUCAUCGCCAGCUGCCGUGGGUUUCGACAUGUUAACGUUGGACUCCGUGAUGAGGGAUGAGCUGUCGCGUUUUACACGUGUUUCUGGUCGUUCGAUUGCCGUGGACGGCUCUGCGUCUACUGACUGCAAGAGCUACGCUUCAUUACAUUCGAGGAUCGGCGACAACAUGGGCGACUCUCGCAGCAAGACGUACUCCUGCAGAGCAUCCCGCGGUUCCGACAGCCCCAUGGAUAUUGAGAUAGACGUCACUAUGAUCGAGGCUUACGCCAACAAACAAGCAGAGGAUGGCAGUGACAUGUCACCUGAGCGUUUUGCCGAUUCUACGUCAGCUGUGGCAGGGUCCGUGCCUGCCGGGGCGCAACGUGAGUUCAGUCCCUACGACUCUCACGUGCGUCGCAUCUAUCAUGACGUCGCCAAGCUUCAUGACAUGGGCUUCAUGGACUCCGUCCCGGAGGGUUACUACAUCGGCGCCGACUUGAUGAAGAGGGAGGACGACGAGGUUGCUACCGGCUCCCCAUCUGCGUAUUCUGGCGUGGAGAAUGCUAGACUGGAAGGCACACGUGGUGCUUCUGGCCGCAAAUUGGCUAAAUCCGCCGUUGCGAAUGUGGAGAGUAUUGAUGGACCUUGCGAUGUUUCGGAGGUCACUAGCCGUGAAUCUGCUGCUGCUGCCGGAACUGCGGGAUCGACAGAGACUGCACCGGUUUCGCAAACGAAAGCAUUGGUGGAUGAAGGUUUCAGGGCGCCUUUUGGCAAGGGUUUCCACGACGACAAGGCGUUCGCUGGUAUUGCGGACCCAUCCACAAGUGAGCAUAUGAUAACUGAGAAGGAUCUGUUUAAGGGCGUUGUACUGGGCGUCGGCGAGGCUGAGGGCGCGGUUCUGCGUCCCGGCCCCCUGCUGCUACCGCAGCGUCAAAAAUCGAAUAUCGUGUACACGGCCGAGGACAUGCUGGCAUAUGCGUUUGCGUCUGGCGCUGCGUUCAACAGCCUUUCAUUGGGCUUCAGGGUUGUUAACGUGGGCCAUGGUUCUGAGGGAGGGCGUGACCAUCGCGAGUCACGCGGCCGUGCGUCGGGCCACUUUUCGCAUGGCGGCGCGCACGCAUCGCAGGGUUACGGCGCGAAUGCCGGUACCCAACGACCGAGGUUAUUCGAGCGCACUAAGGCUGACAACAAAUGGCGUCGCGAUGCUAAGCCCGAAGUUCCCCGCGUAUCUCCUUUCAAGAAGCCUGACAUCAGUCGUGAGGAGCAGUUUAAGCGUUCCGUUCGCAGUUUGCUGAACAAGCUGACUGUGGAGAAGUUCUUGACAGUGGCUGAGAAGUUGGCUGUGAUAUACGAGAACUUAACAAUUGAGGAUGACGUGGUUUCCAUGGUGGAUUUGGUUUUGGACAAGUCGGUGUCCGAGUUGGAUUACAGCGACAUGUACGCCGAUUUGGCGUAUUUGCUUAAAUACCGUUUCAAUUCAGCCUUUGACGUGGGUUCCAAGAGCACGUUGUUCUUCCGUGUUUUGAUGAACAAGUGCCAGGACUCGUUUGAGACGCUGAGUAGCGUGGCGUUGGCUACAAGUUUGGACCCGUCUGCCGCCAACUCUGGUGGCGACGUGCUAGGUGAUUCUGAUAAGGAGGAUAACGACGUGGAUAAGGCUGACGAGAAUGAGUUGUUGGGCUCGGUGAAGAUUCCCCGCGGCCGCACCAAGAAAUGGAUUUUGGGCAACAUUCGUUUCAUGGGCGAAUUGUUCUUGCGUCGUAUAUUAUCUGUUGCAAUAUUGAAGCGUAUCGCUCGUACGCUGCUCCAGAUGGACUCCGACGGCUCUAAGGUGCCGUGUGAGUACCUGGUGGAGAGUUUCCUGGAGCUAAUAACUACCAUCGGUUACACGCUGGAGCAGAACGUGAACGGUCCUGAGAUGUUGAACGAAUACAUGGAGCACCUGGUUCUUCUGAAGAAGCACGGUAACUACAACCUUCGCAUAGUGUACAAGAUCCAGGACCUGAUCGAUUUGCGUUCGAAGCGUUGGGUGAAGAAGGUGUUCAAGGAGCGCGCGACUUCUGUCGCUAGCAUCCACUACGAGGCUAAGCAGGAGGAGCUUAAGGGUGGUGCAAUCCACCUUAACCAGGAGGGCAAGUUCACGACAGCUGGUCGUCAGGCGCAGAGGCACUACACCGAUUACCUGCUGGCGCAGCGCAAGUUGGCCAUGGAAAGAACCGUUAAUGGCGUGUUUGUCGGUAACUCCGAUUCCGCAGCGUCCGGUGGCGACCAAUCGGCCGGUAGCGGCGGUGCAGCGACAUCUCCCCAGCAGCCACAAUCAACUGGCAGUGCUGGAUCCACUGCUCGUGGCGGUGCGGCAUCAUCGUCCGCGCCAGCGAAUGAUAGCCCGUCAGCCAAUGGUGAUAAUAAAUCGUCCCAAGGGGAUGACAGCGCUCGUCGCACGCGCCGAAAGGCUCCCGAAGUGCACUUUGCGAUGGACACGCAACCAAUUUCCGUGGUGACCGAGAUCAUGGAGGUGUUCGUGCAGAAUCCUCGUCCUGAGCGUUUCAUGGUGGAGUGGGAUCAGUUCGCGCCGUCUAGCGAGGACAGUCUUGAGGCUGUGCGUCUCAUGCUUAACAAGUGCGUGAACGCGAAGAGCAUUGCGCUGUCCGAGAGCCAGGCCGACUUGACGGCGUACACCAUCGGUAACCUUAUGAACGACGUGGAUACGAUGGUGAAGGCGUUGAACAUCUUUGAGACUACGUGUUUGGUCCGCAUAAAGGACGAGAUGCUCGACAAUCCUUUGGCGGUGUCUCUGUUCGCUCGCAUUUUGGUUCAAGUUUUAGAUUGUUUCGCUACCAUUCCGGAGAUAACUUUGGAGAAGAUAUUGCUUCCUCCGGAGUUCGAUUGCGCCAUGGAUCUGGCCGUGCAGGUGUUGACUAGCGCUAAGGCCCAGGGUGGCAACGUGGGCUACGCCCGCGAACUGCUUCGCCGCAGCUUUGAGCACUUCAGCGACAAGUCCACGCAGUUCUUGGACGAGAUAUAA